GUUUGAGAUAAAGGUCGACAUUUUUAAAAUCUGCUCGACUGCUGAGAGGAAUCGUCGGAAGAAUAGAACGAUAUGAGGGACCUUCUGAGAGACCUCCAGGAGGUGCAGGCGGUGGACCUGGACUCCCUGUCUGAGCAUGACGCAACAUCACCUCACGAUCAGGAGCUGAGGGAAGUUCUGCAGGAGGCUGAACAGAUCCAGCAGGACAUCCAGCAGAUCCAGAACCACAUCAGCCAGCUUCAGAUCGUGAACUACCAGACAUUGAACCAAACCUCACACCAGGAAGUAGACAAGCAGGAUUCCAACACCAUCGGAGCUGACAUCAGGCACGGCGGAGAGCGUGUUGUCCAGAGGCUCCACAGCCUGAAGAAGGUCCGUGACGUGCUGGAGUCCCAACACGGCCGUGGUCACCCAGCCACACGUGUGGCCCUCAUACAGUACCAGAGUCUCAGUCAGGCUCUGCAGGAGGUGAUGGCCAGCUACAGCGACACAGAGAGGAGGCAUCAGGAGGCAUGUCGGCAUCUGAUCCAGAGGCAGCUGGAAGUGGUGGGCAAGGUGGCCAGUGAGGAGGAGCUGGAGGAGAUGCUGGAGAGUCCAGACUGGAAGGUGUUCAGUGACCAGGUGGAGGGGAAAACUGCCCGCACUGCUCUGGUGCAGAUUGAGAGCCGUCACAAGGACCUGCUAGACCUGGAGAAGAGGAUGGAGCAGAUACAGGAGCUGUCAAUGGAUGUGGCCAUGCUGGUUCAGGAGCAGGGAGCUAUGGUGGAGAACAUCCAGAAAAAUGUGCUGACAGCUGAAGCGACGGUCCAGGAGGGGGCGGAGCAGCUGGAACGAGCGACCGCCUCCGACAGGAAGAACCCCUGCCGGCAGCUCUUCUGCUGCUGCUUCCCCUGCCUGAAGAACCUGUGAUGGCCACCAGGGAGAAGGACCUCCAUCUCCAGCCCCAAUUUAGAUGCUGUGACAGGAGUGUUGUUGAGUGUGAUCGUGCUGACGUGAUGACUGUUUGCUCAGAGAGAGCAGCUGAACAGGAAUGGCUUCUGAUCCACUUUCAUAAUAUUGAUACUCAUAAGCCGUCUAUGAAUGAUCAUAGAACCAAUGAUGACUGAUGAUUGUGUUUUGUUGAUAACCAUGUUUGCAGACGUCUCACCACAAUAGUCUCCUUUCCCCCGCCCCUCUCCUUGUUGAGCUGAAGUCAUGUGCGACGCCCAACGCUCACAUUUGCCCACAAAUAUUGCCACCAAGGGUUGCGAUUCGGACAUAAACGAUUCUGAAUCCUUUCAUAAAUGUCCAAAUUCCCAUGGUUUAAAUGUAUAAUAGAUUAAACUAGAAAGCAGAACUCACUAGUGCAGCGGCCCGUCACCUGAACACUAUGUAACACACUACAUUCCGACCCUGUGGAACACAUCAGAUGUUACUGUAUAUAGUUAUAUAGUAUCUCAGACUGUGCCCAUCCAAACGUCCGUCAGGCUCCGCUCUUGUGAGGAGCUCUGUAACAAAACAAUAAGGGCUCACUACACCAAGCCACUCAUGGAACAUCAGCAUAUAAAAGAUGGGCUUAUUUUAUCAUCAGUUUGUGUUGCUUUUUGCAUAUAAAGCAUAUUUUGUUAAAAUCAUUGCAGCCUGGAGCUUUUUAAGGCAAAAACCUGAGACUAGUGUUUUACAAUCUCACUUGCUAAGCUCCUUCUUCACUGUCAUGUUGUUCCAGAACCAUAACAGAUUAGAUUAAAUGUCUUUAUUUGUCACGCAACAGGACGGCAACUUUCACCGCACUUCAUAAUCUUCUGCAAAAAAAAAAAAUCUAAAUCAUGCUGGUUUGUCAAAGCUUAAGGGUAGGAAGAGGUAAAUUGAUCACUUUUAGAAAUGAAAAAGUGAAGAGUGGAGUGUAAAAUUAACUGUCUAAACUGAGUGAA